AAACUAACUUGCAGAGGCAAGGGAUCAUCCAUCCUACCUCCGAUUCACGACGUUCCGAGUUCCGACCUUAUCCCCAAACCAUCUCUGUUCUUUGUCUUGCAAGAUUUAACAUUUCUCUCAACACACUCUACUAACCCUCCUCUGUUUUGCAGUCUCAUACUUCUAAUUAUCGGUUUUAUUUGUAAUUUUUUCUCGAUUGACAUCUAACAUUUGUUCUUCCGAGUUUCUUUUCUUUUUGUUUGUUUUGAGAAUUAAAGUAAGCGAAGAACAGUCGAAUCCUGAUGGGAAGUCACAAGUCAAAAUCAUCCAAAAGGAAAAGCUCUGAGAUUCUUCGAAGUAAGAAGAGUAGAAAAUCAAAGAAGAAACCCUCACGUCGCCACCAUUCCAUUUCAUCCUGCUCAGAUGAUGAUUCUGUAAGUUCGAUAUCUUCCUACUCUUCCAGUUCAGAAGAGGACUAUAGAAGUAGGAAAGGUGGGCGUUCACGCUCACGAGCUGAUGUGAAAAGUAAAAAGAAACGGUCUGAGAGGAGGGUAUCAUCAAAACAAGAGAGCAUAGAGGAUUCCGCCCCUUUGAAGAAAAAGAAAAGGUCAAAAAGAAAACGUAACUCUGAACAUAAGGAGAAGCAUCAAAAGAAGAGGAGAGAUUCAAGUAUCAGUUCUGCUACUAGUGAUUCUUUGAGCUGCUCAAGGUGUCAAAGUGAGCACAGUGAAAGUGAGGAGGUUGAGCUUGAAAGCAGGUCUAGGAAAAAGAUAAGAGAUAAAAGUAAUCCAGAUAAACAUAAAAUCAAAGCUAAGGGAAGUAGAACCAAGUCAGCCAUUUCUCUUUCAGCUGAGGACCACUCCAACUUCAACAGUGUUUAUCAAAAGGGAGAGGAACAUGCAAGCUUGAAUCAUGGUAGGCGCAUAAGAUCUGUCAUUACUGUUGUAGAACACCCACAGCAGGAGGACAAUGAAGAGAACAAUCUAUCUCAAAAUAACGAAGCAGAAGAUAAGUUAGAAUGUCGUUCUGGUAUUGUAUCUGUUAAGAGCAGCUUGGUAAAGAAGAUGAUGGUUCAGGAAGAUUUUGUCAUCAAUGAUGAUGGUUCAAGUGGGAAGAGAGUUUCUAAUCUCUAUAUAAAUCAGGAUGAAAUGAAGAGCCUAGAAGGAGAAUCUGAGAAAGCAGGGAGAGUGAUUGACAGUGUGGUCUCUGUUAAUGCAACUGCUUCGGGAAGUAAUGACCUUGAGCUGAUUUUGAGGCAGAAGGCCUUGGAGAAUCUGAGGAAAUUCCGAGGAAAGGUUCAAGCAGAAUCACCAGUUACUGGUUGUCAGAAAAUAAAUCAAAUGUCCCUUUCAAAGCCUGAGAAGGUUGGCAAUAUGUUAGCUGAUCAGGAAGGUGCUAAGGAUGUAAAAGUAAUUUCAGUUGCCGGACAGAACAGCAAGAGUAGAUCUAGUAAAGAAAUAUUGCAUCCCAAAGUGGUCGAAAGAGAGAAUGUGACAGAUGAAUAUAAGAAACUUGAACCUGAAGUCACUAAACCGAGUCAUAUCCAAAGGUGUGAUGAGUAUGCACUGUCUAAGAACAUUAGUGACGAUCACAUUAAAGCAUCUGCUUCCCAUGAUGAAUCUAAAACUGAUGUACCAGAAAUUCACUCAACAAUGGAAAGCGCAUUUUCCCCUAAAAAUCCAUCGGAUGACAACGACAGUGCAGGUCAUACUCUUCCUGAGAUGAAUAGUGCCACAAGUUCUGCUAUGGUUGGACCUACUUGUAGCAUUAGAACAUUGGAAGAGCAUAGUUCUAAGGACCUUGCUGAGGCCAAGGAUGGUGGACAGUUUCAGCAAAAGACGAUGUCUGUCAUGAGGAGUGGUGAAAUGGUACAGGUGAAGUACAAGGUGUACAUCCCUAAAAGAGCUCCUGCAUUGGCCAGGAGGCAACUCAAUCGGUGAUUCAUGGAUUUGUGCAACUUAGAAGAUGUACUUAAUGGAUGGGCACCAAAUGCUUGCAUCGAUCAGGGGAUUUAUGUUUUGUGGGUGCAUCCUACUAAAUUUAGACUAUUUAGGCAUUUAAAAUCGACAUUAAUGGGUUCCUUAGAAACUUGCACAUUUUGAAGUGCGACUUACGCAUAUGUUUUACAUGUUCUUUUCAUUUCUGACCACACUACGAAAAUUGGAAUCUUCAUCUCUCCGAUGAGAAUUUGCUUUGUUUGCUUAUACAUUGUAAUUUUAAACUCCCAACUCUUUUCUUUGAAUCUUUCAAUCAUUGCUUGUGGAGCUGCUUCAUCCGGUGCUGAGGAGCAGACCAGUGCGUGUGUCGAUGAUGAUCUCAUAUUGAACUUUGCUAAUUGGAUUGGUGACAUUGCAGGAAAAGGACUAGCUAGGUUAUACCCACCAAUAGAUAAGACAAAUGAGGGUUACCUCCUUUGGCCAAUUAAAUGCAUCAAAUGUGUUCAGAUUGAACUCGGGUCAAGUAUUCAAAUACUUCUUUGUAGUUUGGACGUGUAGGGACAUGACUAGGAGAUGAUCUACGUUAGGGCUAUAACAGGCUGAAGUAUAGGGCAAUUUUUUAUUUUUAUUUUUCAGUAUUAUUUUUUCCAUUUUCAUAUUUAGGCCAUCCCGGUAAUGUUUAAGCCUAAUAUAUUCACUUUCAGCCCGAUCAAACACUAAUUCCUGCAUCCGUGCAUGAAUAUGGCAAUGUCUUGGACUCUUGGUAUGUAAUUUUUCAGCCUUUUUAUCCAGCUUCUCGGAGAUUAUAACGUGGUUAAGAUGGUGGUGAGGUGGUCUAAACCACCUAAUUUAUUUCUGAAACUGAAUUGGGCAAUGCAUAGACAUUCAGGAAGAACAUGG